AUGUUGCAUCAGCUGUCACGUAAUGGCACUAGCAGUUGUGAAUUCUGGGAUUACGACGACAUCACCAAAUGUGCUAGACUAAGAUUGGACUAUUACCCACCACUACUAUUGACUAUUGUGUCGUUUGCUAUACUAUUCGUAAAAUCCCUUAUAUCAUAUAAUAAGAAAAGACGAGGGGGUCAAAUCAAGUUACCCGAUGAUUCCCGUCCACUUUUGACAACUACCGAUAACUAUGGAGCUACAAACAUAUCCACAACUGAUGAUCAAAAACUCACUAAGGAGGAUUUAAAAGCUUUGCAUUUUGACCUUGCUCGAUUACCAGAUACCAAUAUUGAUGGAAGUCCACAUGGUUACAUUAAGGAGGUUUUCAAAAAUACGAGUGAAAGAUUAAGGGUUUCCGUUGAGUAUGUAUUGGUGAUACUAUCAUUGGGAUUACACUUGUCUCCCUUGGUCAACCGAAAAUUGGGCAAAGAGUUCAGAAACACUCAUGUUGUGCUUGCCCAACUCAUUUUUUGGGUGUACUUGUUCAUCAUUGUAACAAUUAGAGUCAUUAAUAUGAAAAGAGUUGCCAUUAGAUUACCAAAUUUGUGGAUACAUACUACAGCACUCUAUUUUUUCAAUAUAUUCCCAGCAUUAUUGACCUUCAGAUCAGCCUUGAUUACAACAACAUUAAACAAAACCGGUUGUGAAUACUAUAUUUUCCAAUUUGUUAUCGCUGCUUUAUUAUUGGCAUUAAACUUGACUGCUACCGUCGGUGACAAACCUUCUCAAUUGUACAUUGUUCCUGGUGUCGAGCCAAAUCCUGAAAACAUCUCAAGUAUUGCAUCAUUUAUCUCCUAUAGUUGGUUGGACAAAAUGGUAUGGAGUGCUUACAAACAGCCUUUAAAACUUCGUGAUAUUUGGGGGUUACGAGAGGAUGAUUAUGCUUUAUAUGUAUUAAAAGGAUUUGAAGCGUCGAAAACUACCUUGAGGUUCACUUACAAGAUUUUUUUCCAUUUCAAAUAUCUUUUCGCGAUUCAAGCCUUUUGGGCAAUUGUCGAAUCCAUGCUUGUUUUUGGCCCAUCAGUAUUGUUGAAAAAAGUGUUGGAGUAUGUUGCUGACCCAGACUCAAUUUCAGCAAACUUGGCUUGGACUUUUGUAUUUAUGAUGCCCAUUGUUAAAAUCUUGGAUUCCAUUUGUUCUGAUUUUUCAUUGUUUCUUGGUACAAGAGUCAGUGUCAGAAUGAAGGCAGUUAUAAUUGGAGAAGUUUAUGCCAAAGCCUUAAGGAGAAAAAUAACUGUUACUGAAACUACUUCCGAAGAUACGUCUGUUGAUGUCAAGAAAACGUCAACGAAUGAAGACAGUGGCGACGGAAAGGAGUCAAAAACUACGUCUGAGCUGGGCACAAUCAUCAAUCUUAUGGCAAUCGAUGCAUUUAAAGUAUCAGAGAUUUGUGGAUACUUGCAUUCCCUUGUUGGUGCAAUUUUGAUGAUCAUCUUUUGUACGGCUUUGUUGUACAACUUGCUUGGUUGGAGUGCCCUUGUUGGUUCCAUGGCAAUCGUGGUGUUGUUACCAGUAAAUUACCAGUUUGCUCAAUGGUUAGGAAAAAUACAGAAGCAAUUGUUGGGUGUUGCUGAUAAGAGGAUCGAAAUAUUGAAUGAAACGUUUCAAAGCAUCAGAAUUAUCAAGUUUUUUGCUUGGGAGGACAAAUUCUUCCAAAGCGCAAUGGAUGUGAGAAAUGAGGAAUUAAAGUAUUUAAUAUAUAGACCUGCCGUUUGGUGUGCUGGAUCAUUUGUAUGGUUUAUCACUCCCACUUUGAUUACAUUACUUUCAUUCUAUUGUUACACGAUCAUCGAGGGUAACACGUUAACCGCACCAGUUGCAUUUACUGCGUUGUCAUUGUUUACCUUGUUAAGGUCACCAUUGGACCAAUUGGCCGAUAUGACAUCGUUUGUUAUCCAAUCCAAAGUGUCGUUGGAUAGAGUUGCUGAUUUCUUGGAUGAGGCUGAAACAUCAAAGUACGAUCAGUUGGCUCAAGAAAAGGGACCCAACUCUCCGGAAAUUGGAUUUGAAAAAGCCACAUUGUCAUGGAACGCACUGUCAAAAUCUGAUUUCAAAUUGCGGGAUUUGAAUAUAACUUUCAAGCCUGGCAAAUUGAAUGUGAUUAUUGGCCCAACGGGUGCAGGUAAAACUUCGUUACUUUUGGCUCUUCUUGGUGAAAUGGAUUUACUUGGCGGUAAAGUAUUUUUGCCUGGUAUUAUUCCCCGUGAUGAUGUGAUCCCUGAUGAGAAUGGAUUGACCGAAUCAGUAGCUUAUUGUUCGCAAUCAGCUUGGUUAUUGAAUGACACGAUCAGAGGAAAUAUCACAUUCGGUUCCCCGCUAAGCCAAAAACGUUAUGAUGAAGUCAUUGAAGCUUGUGGAUUGACACGGGACUUGCAAAUCUUGAGUGCUGGUGACCAAACUGAAGUUGGUGAAAAGGGAAUCACUUUGUCUGGUGGACAAAAACAAAGAGUUUCUCUUGCAAGAGCUUUGUACUCUAACUCUAGGCAUUUGCUUCUUGAUGAUUGUUUGUCGGCAGUUGAUUCACAUACUGCUCUAUGGAUUUACGAAAAUUGUAUCACUGGACCUUUGAUGCAAGGGAGAACGUGUAUAUUGGUAUCGCAUAAUGUUGCAUUGACUGCUCAACAUGCUGAAUGGAUUGUCGUUAUGGAGAAUGGUAGAGUCAAGAAUCAAGGUACGACUGAAGUUUUAUUGGAAUCGGGUGAUUUAGGUGAUGAUGAAUUGGUAAAAUCAUCAGUCUUGAACUCUAGAACGCAGUCUUCUCAGAACUUGCAAUUGCUUGAUGAUAAGAAUGCUGAAAUGAAGGCCAAAGCUGCCACGAUUGAACAAAAAUUGAAAAAGCUAAAGAGUAGCGAGGAUGCAGAUGAGGAAGGGCCAUUGAUUAAAACCGAUGGUAAAUUGGUUGACGAAGAGAAUAAAGCUGAAGGUGUGGUUAGCUCCAAGGUUUACCUCGAUUAUGCCAAAGUGUUGGGUGAGUGGAAAGUGUGGACUGCAAUUUUCGUUACUUCAAUUGCAUCUCAAAUUGUGUACAUGUAUCAAUCAUGGUGGUUGCGAACCUGGUCGAUUCAUAGUGAAAAUGACACAGCAUUGAAGUCAGCAAUUACAUCAAUGGGACAAGUUAUUGAGAGCUUUCAUUUAGCUCAAUUACUGGGAGUGCGCAAUUUCAUUGGUGCUGUUAAAUACGUGCAAUUCUCUGCCAACAUGGUUGAUCAAGUCGCUGAACAACAUUCAACAUUGUAUUACAUUACAAUUUACGGGAUUAUUGGAUUUGCCUAUGGUUUCACCGCAUGUGUGAGAAUUUUGGUAAUAAACUUUUCUGGUAUUCGUGCAUCGAAUCGAAUUUUCAAAAGAGUGUUGUUGACAAUUCUUCAUGCAAAAUUGAGAUUCUUUGACAAGACGCCGUUAGGCCGUAUCAUGAAUAGGUUUUCCAAGGAUGUUGAAUUGGUUGAUCAAGAAAUGACACCAUAUGCUGAAGGUGCUUUCAUUUGUGUUGUUCAAUGUAUUUCAAUCUUAAUUUUGAUUACAUUCAUUACUCCAGGGUUUCUUGUUUUUGCAUUUGUUAUUGCAUUCUUGUACUACUUGGUGGGAUUUUUCUAUUUGAAUUUAUCCAGAGAGUUGAAAAGAUAUGAAUCCAUUACCAAGUCCCCUAUUCAUCAGCAUUUUUCCGAAUCCUUGACUGGUGUUGCAACAAUCAGAGCGUAUGGGGUUGAAUCGCGUUUCAUGAAGCAAAACUUACAAGCAAUUGAUAAUAACAAUAGACCGUUUUUCUAUUUGUGGGUUGCUAAUAGAUGGCUUUCCUUUAGAAUCGAUGUCGUUGGUUCAUUGGUGAUGUUCUUUGCAGGUAUUUUUGUGUUGUUGUCAAUUGGCAAAAUUGAUGCUGGUUUAGCUGGGUUAUCGUUAUCGUAUGCAAUUGCAUUCAGUGAAAGUGCCCUUUGGGUUGUUCGUCUUUAUGCAAACGUUGAAAUGAAUAUGAAUUCUGUCGAAAGAUUGCAAGAGUACCUUGAAGUUGAACAAGAACCUCCUUAUGAAGUGAAAGAAACCGAACCACCAACAAAUUGGCCGGAAAAGGGACAAAUUUCGGUCAAUGACGUUUCAUUGAGAUAUUCUCCUGAUUUGCCUCGUGUGAUCAAGAAUGUCACGUUUGAUAUUGAGCCCUGUAACAAGGUUGGAAUUGUUGGAAGAACUGGGGCUGGUAAAUCCACCAUUAUUACUGCAUUUUUUCGAUUCUUGGACCCUGAAAGUGGUUCGAUUAAGAUUGAUGGUGUUGAUAUCACUAAAAUAGGAUUGAGAAAUUUGCGUCAAGCAAUCACGAUUAUUCCACAAGACCCCACUUUAUUCGCGGGAACAAUAAGAUCCAACUUGGACCCCUUUGAACAAUACACGGACGCCGAUAUCUUUGCUGCUUUGAAACGAGUCAAUUUGAUCAAUUCCAACGAGCAAACAGCAUCAUCAUCAUCAGCAGCAGCAGCAGCAGCAACCAUGGCAGUUGCUGAAGAGAAUCAGAACAAAUUUCAUGAUUUGGAGAAUCCAAUUACUGAAGGUGGAGGGAACUUAUCGCAAGGAGAACGUCAAUUAGUUUGUCUUGCUCGAUCAUUGCUCAAAAACCCCAAAAUCAUUUUACUUGACGAAGCUACGAGCUCGAUUGAUUAUAAAUCUGAUGCAUUAAUCCAAAAGACAAUUCGUGAUGAAUUUGGAUCAAGUACGAUCCUAACCAUUGCUCAUCGGUUGAGAACAAUCAUUGAUUACGAUAAAAUCUUGGUUAUGGAUGCCGGUAAAGUUGUUGAAUACGACAAUCCAUACGUCUUGAUUUCUAACCAAGACUCGUUAUUUUAUUCAAUGUGUGAGAAUAGUGGUGAGCUCAAUAGUUUGAUUGCGUUGGCAAAGGAGUCAUAUGUGAAGAAGAAGAAUCAGAGGCACCCAAAGUAA